CAUUAUCUUCCCAUACUCAAAAACUUUCUUUCCUUCCAAACACUCCACUCCUCUCCUCUCUCAUCCUCAACCAUGACUACACUACUACUAGUAUUCUUUACAACCACCCAGCUCUUUGCCCUCACCUCACUCGCAUUACUAGUCUCCGGCAGUGCCGUCCAUGUCAACACAUGCCGAUCCUACUGCGGCAACAUCACCAUUGACUACCCCUUUGCGCUCCGAUCAGGCUGCGGCCACCCGGGUUUCCGCGACCUGCUGUUUUGCAUGAAUGAUGUGCUCAUGUUUCACAUAACCUCAGGAUCAUACAGGGUCCUGGAUAUCGACUACGCUUACCAGGCCCUCACGCUUGACGACCCCCACAUGUCCACUUGUGAGUCGAUUGUGCUGGGAGGCAAGGGGAAUGGGUUCGCGAUCGAGCACUGGCGGGCGCCGUACCUGAACCCGGCUGCAGACAAUGUGUUCAUGUUAUUAGGCUGCUCGGCACAAUCCCCACUCUUCCAGGGGUUCCCAAGCAAGCAUCUUCCGUGUAGAAAUGUUUCAGGGAUGGGGUGUGAGGAGUACUAUUGGUGUUCAGCUUGGGGAGUGUUUGGGCCAAAGAAGUUGGGGUCUGGGUCAGGGCCGCCGGAGUGUUGUGCGGUGCCGUUUGAGGCGAUCAAGGCUAUAAACCUCACGAGGCUGGAGUGUGAGGGGUAUAGUAGUGCCUACAGUUUAGCGCCAUUGCGAGAGAUUGGACCUGGGGGGUGGUCGUAUGGCAUAAGGGUGAGGUACUCGGUGCAGGGGAAUGAGUUCUGUCGAGCCUGUGAGGCCACCGGCGGCGCCUGUGGGUACGGGAGUGAUGGCGUUCGAGAGCUGUGCCUGUGUGGGAGCUCCAAUUCCACGUCCAAUUGUGAUUCAGUGAAGUCAUCAUCAAGCAAAGUAGGAAGGUCAUUGGCCAACACUUUAGCAGGAAUUUUGGGUUGUAUAGUAACAUGGAGGAAAAUGCACCAGACUUGAAGGAUUGGAGAUUCAAAAUCAGCAUUCAGCAGCUGGUGAUUUUCAUUUUGUAUUGAUUAUAAUUAUUAAUUAUUAAUUAUCAUUACUUGAUUUUAGUGGUGUGUUUGGAUGCCAUUAUUUGGAGCACAAACAUUGAGAGUGAGAGAUGUAAGCAUAUUUUUGAGUACUACACAUAAUUUUUCCAUUUCCUCUUUCUUCCA